CCCGAAUCUUUCUCCCCAUGCUAAACUUCCAUUCUCACGGCCGAGCCAAACACGCCGAUGAGGUUCACUCCUUCAACAUUGUCCCUCGAAUCCGCCACGUUCCGCACUUCACCUCGUGCCUAUCCUGGUCGAUCCAACAAUCAGAGGGCAGGACGGCCCGGGACGUGAACACGAAGCCAGCUCAAAUCGCCAGGCUGGCUAAUUCAAAUUUCUCAACCAUAUCCUUGCACGUCGUCCGCGCAUCUCCUAAUUAGAAGGCUCUCAAGAAGAUGCUACCACGUCAUCAUGCGAGCAAUGGCUAUCCACAAGGGAAGAACGAGUACAAGGAGACGUACUCGAUAAGUCCUCAUAGAUUCCAGCCCAGAACAACGCCUGCAGCCCUCCGGCGGCGACGGCAACUUCUCGUUCGAUUUACGCUCAUUGUAGUAGUUCUCCUAUUUGGAUUUUUCGUAUGGCCCGGGGCCUCAAUACUUCCAGUCCUUUCACUAGGCUUGAUGUCUUCCGGCGAGGAUUUCCAGCUCGAAACAGUACGGUAUUAUGAUCUUUCGAAUGUUCAGGGAACGGCGAGAGGUUGGGAAAGGGAGGAACGGAUACUGCUUUGCGCGCCCUUGCGUGAUGCUGAGUCCCAUCUGCGAAUGUUCUUUGGACACCUUCACAAUUUCACAUAUCCUCAUCACCUAAUAGAUUUAGCGUUCCUCGUGUCGGAUUCCAAGGAUCAGACAUUACCGCUGCUUUCUCAAUUGUUGGAAGAGCUCCAGGCAGACGAGGACCCGAAGCAACCAUAUGGGGAGAUCUCGAUCAUCGAGAAGGAUUUUGGGCAGAAGGUCAAUCAGGACGUUGAGAGUCGUCACGGGUUUGCUGCGCAAGCAAGUCGAAGAAAAUUGAUGGCACAAGCAAGAAAUUGGUUACUCAGCGCAGCAUUACGGCCUUAUCAUAGCUGGGUAUAUUGGAGAGAUGUGGAUGUUGAGACUGCACCGUUUACGAUUCUGGAAGACUUGAUGCGCCAUAACAAGGACGUUAUUGUACCCAAUGUCUGGCGACCACUUCCGGACUGGCUUGGCGGCGAACAACCUUACGAUUUGAAUUCAUGGCAAGAAUCAGAGACAGCAUUGGCAUUAGCGGAUACCUUGGACGAAGAUGCCGUCAUUGUGGAAGGUUACGCAGAAUAUGCUACUUGGCGGCCUCAUCUUGCAUACCUACGGGACCCAUACGGAGACCCUGAUAUGGAAAUGGAUAUUGAUGGUGUGGGUGGUGUUAGUAUUUUGGCAAAGGCCAAAGUGUUCAGAUCUGGGGUCCACUUUCCUGCAUUCAGUUUUGAGAAGCAUGCGGAGACUGAAGGAUUCGGAAAGAUGGCGAAACGUAUGCAAUUCUCUGUUGUGGGAUUGCCACAUUAUACGAUCUGGCAUUUGUACGAGCCCAGUGUGGAUGAUAUUCGUCAUAUGGAGGAAAUGGAGAAGGAACGCAUUGCCCACGAAGAAGAAGAGAAAGAGCGUGUGGAGCGCAUGAAGAAGAUCAAAGAGCAGUUCACGGAUCCAAAUAGCCAAUGGGAGAAGGACAAGACAGAUAUUCAGAAUGAAGCUAUGAGAGAGAAGGCUAUAGAGAAAGCGAAAGCAGAAGCUGCAGCUAAGGAGGCUAAAUUGGAAAAAGAGUCAGAGGCGGCGCCAAAAGAAGCGACGGGGGAAUCGAAAGUUGAGUCUAAGGCUGAGUCCAAGGCUGAUACCAAGGUCCCGGCAAAGGCUCAAUAGAUCAAGAGGGUCUGAGGGAGCUCACUGAAACUCCUCUUCAUUAUCGCAUUAUUUUACCCCGUUCACCGGGUUUAGUUCUCACAAGAAGCGACAGAAGCUUCGGGCCUGCUGUAAAAUUAUAGAUCUGCAGCAGCAGAUAUGACUUUCGGAUAUAGGAACACAAAGCGUGGGGUUCGGAUUGCAUACACUGGGGUCUGUCUGGAGAUCUCGGUAUGCUUGCUAAAAAGGUGGCACCAUUAAACUUGCUCCUUGUAGUAAUUUGGGUUGGAGUUUGUAUGAUAGACAGGCGUAUCAAAAAUGCCAUUCCAUGUUAUAUGGAAACUAAAUAAUCGACUUCUAUCUAGAAACGUG